AUGGAUGAUUCUACUCGAGAACCUCGCAGCGCAUGGUUGCGGUGCGUCAUAGUUGACAUGUUACAACUACUCAUCCUUGACAUCACUGGCCCAUGCCCGCCGGUAAAGGGCAGCUCUCCAGUGAAAUUCUGCAUUCACGACACAGAUCACAAAGUAAUAGUCAUGGACUCUGGGACCCUCAAAGCCAUUCCAUAUAAAACCUUCAUUCUCCCAGGGCUGGAAGAAAGAUGGCACCAGACUGUGGAAGACGUGGAGCUUGGACCAAAUGAAGGAGGGGACUUUGACCACAGAGCCAAGGGAGACUUUCUUUUUAUUAGGUGUCAGUUGAGCUCACUCUGUAAGGAGAAAGGAGGGCCAGUUUUCUGGGCAGUCUUCAAAAGAAAACAUUGUCUCUCUUGUGACUAGGCCAAAGGACAAAGCCAGCCGUCUCUUCAGCUGAAGAAGAAUCUUGAAGACCUGUCAGCCCAGAAGGAACGAGCACUUCAGCCCUUCAUCUUCUAUAGGACUCAGGUGGGCUCCCUGAACACCCUGGAGUCGGCCACCCACCCCGGCUGGUUCAUCUGCACCUCCUGCAAUUCUGGUGAGCCCAUUGGAGUGACAAAUAGUCAUGAGAAAAAGAAACACAUAGAAUUUUCAUUUCACAGAGUUCCCAAAGUUGAAGUCAACCCUAGUGAGGUCAAUGAAUAA